AUGAUAGUGCUAGUGUUCAUAGUCGUGUUCGCACUGGCGUACUACGUCAACUUUCGGCGCUCCCGGCAACGGCUGUACGAGCUCGCGAAACAGAUUCCGGGCCCGUUCGACUAUCCACUGAUCGGUAGCAUCCUGAUCACGAUCGGCAAAGAUCCACUGCAGCUCGUGUCGCACCUGAUGGAGCUGAUGCACCAUCUGCCAUCGCCGAUGCGUGCCUGGCUCGGCCCGUACCUGCUGGUGGUCAUCGACGAACCGACGAUGGUGCAGGACGUGCUCAGCUCGCCGGACUGCGUCCAGAAGCCGUUCAUGUACGAUUUCUUCCGGCUCAGCAAAGGCCUGUUCGGUGCACCGGCCGACAUGUGGCGCCGGCACCGGAAGCUCCUGAACACGUCCUUUUCGCCGGCCGUGCUCAAGAGCUUCGUGCCGAUACUCAACGAAAAGGCGGCCGGGUUCGUGCACGAGCUGGCCGACGAGGCGUCAGCCGGGAGAAGCUUCGAUGUGCACAAACCGCUCGCCCGCUACACGGUGGUCAGCAUGGCGUCGACCACGAUGGGCGUCGAUCUGAGCGUUGAGAAGCGGGAAACACUCGAGGAGUACAGCAGCAACGCCAUCGAGUUGUUUACGGCGUGCUUCGAGCGGAUCUACAAAGCCUGGUUGCAUCCCGAGAUGAUCUUCCGGCGGACGGCCGCCUUCCGGGUGGAGCAAGAACGAAUGCAAACUUUCAAGAAAAUGUCCAAAAAGAUCAUCACCCUACGCCAGCACGUGCUGGCCCAGGAGAGCGGUCGCGAUCGGCAGGAUUCCGAUCCGGAGGACAAACAGGAUGCGUCUCCCAAGGGGAAAAUCUUCAUCGAACGCCUGGAGGAAAUGGUCCGCGAUCCCGCCCUCCACAUCGACGACGACGGCUUCCAGCAGCACAUCGAUACGAUUCUGUUCGGCGGCAACGACACGUCCGCGCAAACCCUCGCCAACACCCUACUCGCGCUCGGCAUGUACCCGGAGCUGCAGGAAAGGGUGUACCAGGAGAUCGUCGACGUGUGCCCGAGCGGCCCGAUCGCGUACGCCGACCUGUCCCGGCUCACGUACACGGAGAUGUUCGUAAAGGAAACGCUCCGCCUGCUGCCGAUAACGGGUCUGAUCGCGCGUUCCCCCACCAGGGAGAUUCCCUCGAAGGGCAUCACCAUUCCGAGCGGGGCCAUCGUCAUGGUGCCGGUGCUGAAAAUACACCGCGACAAGAAACUUUGGGGACCGGACGCGGAAACCUUCGACCCGGACAACUUCCUCCCGGAGCGGUGCCUCGAGCGACACCCGUACAGCUUCAUCCCGUUCAGCCAGGGGCCACGGAACUGCAUCGGGAUGAAGUACGGCUGGUUGUCGAUGAAAAUCCUGCUCUGCCACGUGCUACGGCGGUAUCGCGUCAGUACCGACAUAAAGCUGCGCGACAUUAAACUGUCCCUGUCGUUGGUGAUGAAGCUGAACACUAAACAUUUGAUACGGCUUGAACGGCGGAAGGAAGUCCCUUUGGAUCAAAGUAUUGUGUUUGAGGGGAAACCAGUGGGAUAA